AUGGAGCACAUCAGCCACAGAGCCAAACCCUGCCAGUCAAUCCAGAGCGUAUUGAUGACGGGAACGAUGCGAGUAUUAGCCACGUGCUGGACGUUUCUUCUGAUCGCUUCGUUCAUAACUGAAUCCGUGCUUGCUAAGGGCGGCCGUGGAGGCGCACGGGGGUCUGCACGAGGCACAGCUCGCGGUGGAACUGGGGGGCAUUACCGAAGUGGAAGUUAUGGAGGCACACGCUCGCGGUUUAGGGCGGCAGGGCGCAGCUCCCCAGUGCGCGUUGCAGCUGCAGCAGCAGCCGGUGCAGCGGUCGCACUAUCGGCAGAUAACUGGUAUGCAUCUGCCUUCCGCAACAAUAAAGUGGACGACAGCUCUGAGUACGAAGGGGACUAUUACAACAGGACAAACUACUUUAAUGCGCAAACAUCAAAAGCCACUCACAACGAACCCUUGUUUACUCAAAUUGUAUCUGUCUUUAUAACUAUAAUUCUGCCUAAAUAUGGACAUAUCUGGGAGAGUAUACUAUACUAUAUGGGCUAGUUUAGAUAAAUUAAAUGUCUGGAUUAAGUCUUCUGGAUUUUGAGUAGGCCUUGCUGGUUUAGUGCUCUUGACCUAACCUGCAUAUAAAGCCAUGGCUCCC